AUGGAGCUCCCCCGCAUCGCCUCGCAAUCUUCUAUCUGUCCCCCCAUUCAGCUGCUGACGCAGUAUCCCAACAGACCUAGGACGCCGGUGUCCAAAAGACUGCUGGGUUCCUCAAUCAACCAAGCCGAGCCCCAGAUUCCGGUACUUCCCAGCGCUCCCCACUACCAGCCAAGUAGAAAAAGAGAAGAGGCCAAAGUCUUGCAAAACUUGAGGAAACGUCUCAACGCAGCCAGGGUGGUGCAGGCCAACCGGCCCGAACCUGUCGAGGCUCGUAUUCCUGUCAACAACAAUCUCAGUCCCGAAGAUGUAGAUAACAGACCGUAUCUACUACAAAAAAUUUUGCAUAACCGUCCAGUAAGCAUGAUCCUAGACAUAUCAGAAAUCAGAACAGCUUGGCAAGACAGCGAUUUCAUCACUGACUGUCUUUGUUGGCACAAUGUGUACAGGCAGAGGCACAAUUCACCUCCACUCACCAUGUCACCAGAGUUGUGUCACUUGGCUCAAACGUGGGCCAAUCAUCUAGCCCACACGAACAGGUUUUACUACAGAAACGACAAAGAUAUCGGGCAGAAUCUCUUCUGUCGAAUGACGAAUGUCAUUGUGACUGACGUUUCCGGGCAAGAAGUGACAACUUAUUGGUAUUCAGCAGUCAAACAGUAUGACUUUAGCAACGAGCCUGACAGACUUCGAGCUAAUGUUAAUGUCGGCCACUUCACCCAGCUAGUUUGGUCUAAUAGUAGACAUUUUGGAUUGGGUAGAGCAAGAUCCAGAUCUGGUAAAAUCGUGGUAGUGGCCCAUUAUGCGCCUGCAGGUAACGUACCAGGAGCAUAUUUGGAUAACGUAUUUCCACCCUGCGAAGAACUUCCAAGAGUACCCCAGCCUCUUCCAGCCAAGUUUAUAAUGUCCGGUAGUUCUACCAGCGACACGGACAGUCAUACAACAGCCAGCAGUACCUAAACAAGACUUCCAAAAAAAUAUGAAUACUGAUUUCAAUUAUUAUAACGUCACUACGUAUAGUUAUUUAGUCACUAAUUGUAGCACUUAGCUUAAAUAAGAUUUUAAAUGCCUAAAGUCUGCAAUUUUACCGCUUAAGAAAUGAAGAAAUAUGUGAUGCGAUGCAAUCACAUGUGA